AUGAAUUACAUUUUAGUGGAAUAAGAUGAAAGACUUUAAUUAUUGAUAACUAUUGUCAAGAGAAUUUAAACUAAUACUGUUGUAGUCUUCUCUGAAAAUUAAAUUAAUGUAAUGCAAUUUUUUAUUAUUAAGUUUUUGCAAGAGCUAUUUAUCUUAAUGGGAAUAAAAACAAAUUUUAGAACUUAAUAACAGCCAGCAAAUCAAAGCUUAUAAAUUUAUUAUGAUCCCCCUUAAAUAGAAGUUAAAAAAGGUUUAAUCUUUGUAUUGCCGGAAGAGAAGAUACCUAAUUGUUCUGAAAGCAAAUUAGAAAAAAAUAAAUUAGAAUAAUUUGCUACUUAAUAAGUAAUGAAACUAGUCUCCAGCAAUUAUAAUCUUAAUUGUUUAGCUGAAAAGGCAUACAAAGAUUUUAUUAAUGUAUUAAAUUGAAUUAAAAAAUAGACAUAUUAACAUAAAUUAGAUUAGAAUAAUUAUGAUGUUUUGAAAUUAAAUCCCAUGAGAUUAUGUAAAUCUUUUGGAUUUGAAGUCUCUCCUAAAUUAAAUAGUAUUUAAGAUGUUUAUUUAUUUUAGAUUUCAGAUUAAAGCCAAGCAAAGAAUAUCCUUAGAAAUAAAAUAAAACUAAUUAAAUAAAAUCUAAAUAAAUAAAAAAGAAAAGCAAAUUAGUUAAAUAAAAGUAAAAUAAAAGUUGA